CAGUGAGCGGCAGCGGCGCUGGCCUCGGCCCCGGGAGAGGCUGCACGUCCCGUCCCUCUGUGCUGAAUGGCUGCGAUGGCGCCCGCUCUCCCUGACGCAGCAGCCGAAGCUCAUCACAUCCGAUUCAAGCUGGCUCCGCCGUCCUCCACCUUGUCGCCUGGCAGUGCCGAGAGCAACGGCAACGCCAACAACAUCCUCCUGGCUGCCAACGGCACCAAAAGGAAAGCCAUUGCUCCGGAGGAUCCCAGUUUAGAUUUCAGAAACAACUCCACGAAGGAAGAGCUGGGCAAGCUGCAGCCGCUCGUGGCCUCUUACCUCUGCUCGGAUGUAACAUCUGUUUCUCCAAAAGAGCCUCUGAAGCUGCAAGGGGUCUUCAACAAGCAGACAGUCCUGAAAUCUCACUCUCUCUUAUCUCAGUCCUUCUUGAAAACGAGCGAUCUGUUGGGGAGGCAGCCAGUGUUGGAAUUCACUUUGGAGAAUCUAAAACCAAUGAGUACUAAUAGCCAGCCACCUGUCCCGCAAGCGCCCGUCAAUGGCUUGGCCAAGAAAUUGGCCAAAAGUACCAAUCCAGACCAUGAAAACUCUAGUUCUCUGAAUGGUGGGAAGUGUGCUCCCCCUUCUGCUGCCCUCCAGGGGAUCGACUAUAAUGCGGGAGGGUCUCAACUGGGGGACUUGAAGACCGCGGUGACCAAUUGCACUCUUCCACGCAGAAGCCUUGCCGCGGAGCACCCGACUCCGUUUAGCAAUAACAGCACCGCAAACAAACCUUGCCCAAAUUCCAUGGAGCAGCAGCGGGUGCUCGAGGGUGGCAGCGGAGAGGCGAGGUUGUCCAGUGCCGAGAGUCACUCCGACUUCGGGAGCAGUAAGUUGGAGGAGCAGAAGCCUUCCCUGUUGGCCGGGCACCACAGCGCUCUCGACUCGGAGAUGAGGACGAGGGCGCUGCUGCGGCGGCAAGCGGACAUCGAGAGCCGCGCGCGCAGGCUGCAGAAACGCUUGCAGGUGGUGCAGGCCAAGCAGGUGGAGAGACACAUCCAGCAGCAGUUGGGUGGCUUCUUGGAGAAAACUCUGAGCAAGCUUCCGACCUUGGACCCGCUGAGGCAUCGGAGCCAGCUGAUGUUGACCAGGAAGGCGGAGGCAGCCUUGAGGAAAGCAGCAAGCGAGACAGUUACUUCCGAAGGGCUGAGCAGCUUUCUGAAGAGUGACUCCAUAUCAGAAGAACUGGAGAGAUUCACAGCCAGUGGAAUGGCCAACUUGAGAUGCAGCGAGCAGGCGUUCGACUCGGAUGUCACCGAGAGCAGCUCGGGAGGAGAGUCUGACGUUGAGGAAGAGGAACUGACCAAAGCAGACCCAGAGCAACCCCACGUACCGCUGUGA